CCAGGGGUGAGCUGACAGAAGAACGCGUCUCGCCGAAGCCGACCGCGUCUUAGUCCAUGCCCACAACCCAGGUAAACAGCUUCCACACCCGCCCCACCAUUCUUUGCGAGCGGCAACUUCUCCUUGAAUUUGGUUCCGUCCGGUCUGUUCUGCUCUGUUCGCACGAGGCAUUCAUAGACCACACGCUUCUUGACAGUAAAAAAGACAUCCCUUUGCGAGCAUCGUACAUACCUCUCUGCAUUCGACUUGGCCAGGCCUUAAAGACGCGUCGCAUCUGGUCCAAGUUCACUUCACCCCGUCCGCAUCCUCUCCUCUCCGGCUUCACCACACUCGACCACAAUUCGCCUCUCCGACCUCGACAAGGUUGCCAUUGGGACGCCGAUCGUCGCCCGUGACGGUCACCUGCUUAUCCCUUUAACUUCCCUGGCACUACACCCCUAUGAAGCUGCAAUGAAAUUCAACAGACGCGUCAAGCUUCAAUAAUUAGCCAUGUAUCUACCGCGUUCCCUGAUCUCGAAACUGUACUUGCACCUGCAGAGCACAUGCCACCCGCUCUCGCCGCCCGUUCUCAUCCUCGUCGCCCUCGAGCCCGACGCUCUCUGCGGCUGCAGAAUCCUCACCCGGCUCCUGAAGAACGACUAUAUCCCACACAAGAUCCAACCUGUCGCCGGCUAUGGAGAUCUGGAGCGCAUCGGCAGGGAGCAUGUGAGCCCUCUUAUGCAGCAGAAUGGAGGUGCCGGAGGGAUUGUUGUGUGCCUCGGCGUUGGAGGCAUGGUCGACCUGGGCGCCGUGCUGGGCCUUGAACCAGAGGGCGAAGAGACGACCUUUGGAGGUGUCGAGGUCUGGGUCCUGGACUCACGCCGCCCUUGGAAUCUGGGCAACGUGUUUGGAGGCUUCCCGCUCGAGCCCGAUGUUGACGGCAGCUCCAGUUACCAGACGCGAACGCCCAUCGGCGUCACGGCUGGCAGGAUCGACCGCGCUUAUAAACCUGGCAAGGGAGGUGUGGUGGUGUUCGACGACGGCGACAUCGAAGACGAGCUCGGCCCACAGAGAGACGCGUACCUGGCGCUCAUGGAGAUGCCUGACGUGGAAGAUAAUGGCGAGGACCUGGGGGACAGCGAUUCGGAGAGCGAGGACGAGCCGGAGGAAGAUUUGUUCCAGUCGUCACCGCGGGCUGGUCAAAAGCGGAAAUCUUGGUCGGACCCGGACGAGGACGACGACAGCGACGACGACGACGACGACCGGCCACGCCAGAGGAGGAGGAGCAAUUCUUCCACCCCCAUUCCAGAGUCUCCGCAGAGACCAAGACAGCGUGGGUUGCUAUCCCUACGCGACCAGGCUCUCAUGUCCUCGGAUGGUCUGGGUGAUGAUCCACCUACUGCCGCGCAACCGCCGAAACAACCUUCGGUCCGCACACUCAGGAGGCGUCUCCUCCGCAUGAGGCGAGAGAAUGAAGCCAUUCUGCGGGACUACUACCGUAUCGGCGCGUCGUACUCAGAGCCCAUCUCAUCCAUGGUCUACUCCUUGGCUUCGGAACUGGGCCGCGAGGACAACGACAUACUGUGGUUGGCAAUCGUCGGUGUCACGUCUAUGGAGCUGUAUGGGCGAUCAUCGGCUGGCGUUGCUGUGCCCAUGAGGAGUUCCGAGUCCAAAAACACGUCAGGGUGGCUGGGCAUGCGCGGCGCCAGGAUACGACAACUUCUACGCGACGAAGUUCGCCGUCUCAAUCCCCCGGCGCUUGAGACUGCCAAUGGUAGAGUGGCGCUAGAAGCCACGGGGGUCAUACCCACGACGGCAAGGAGUCCCGAAGACAUGAGCAUCCGAUUGUCUCCCGAGCCUCGAUUCCUGCUGAUCAGGCACUGGAGUCUCUACGACAGCAUGCUGCACUCGCCUUAUAUGUUCUCCCGCCUCAAGACAUACAGCGAGAACGGGUUGAAACGUCUUCACAAGCUCCUCGCCAAGAUGGGCGUGAGCUUGAUUCAGUGCAAGCAGAGCUACACGCACAUGGACAUGAUGCUGAAGCGGGAGCUGCGUUCCAAGCUGCUCAAAUACGCGUCGAUGUACAAUCUCGACGAUAUGGUGCCUACCGUCGAGUCAGACGGCAAGGACCGCGCGGGUGCGAAAGAUGGUUGGGGCUUCGUCCGGAGCUGGGGCUGGCGCGCCACCCUGAGCGCGCAGGACAUCGGCGUGGUCGUCGGAGCCCUCCUGGAGGUGGGCAGGCAUGCUUCGUUGCCCAGCUCCGUCUCGCAGGAAGGAGCAUCACAGCAGAGCGUCGACGACGGCGCUGAUCAAAUUGCCGCGCAGGGCGAAGAGUGGGUCUCCAGGUUCUGGGACGCGUAUGAUGCGCUUGAAGACGUCGAAGCGCUCAAGGCCGGCCUUCCAACGGCACAGUAUCUGCACAAGGCUAUAUUCAAUACCGGCACCGCUGUAUUGAAGAAGAAGCAAAUAUCACAUCUUCGGGCGUUCCGCAUGUGCAUCGUCAAGGACAGCGCAGAAGCGUCGAUAUUCAACCACCCGGGGGCGCUCACCAAGCUGUCGCUCUGGAUCGGCGAGGCCCUGUCGGAGCAGGAGAAGGACUCGACAGGAAAACUUGCCCACGCGGGUCGCGGCACCCCCUUGGUGGUAGCCAGCCUGAACGAGAAGCGAGGCGUGUACGUUGUCGUCGGCACCGGCGGCGGCGGCGGCCCUGACAUGGCGUUCCUGGACAGGGAGGCGGCCAAGAAGAAGGAGCAGCUGAAGCAGGAGAAGGCCAAGGCAAAGGAGCAGAGCAGGCGGAACAAGCAGAAGAUCCGCGAGCAGCAGAGGGCCGCCCGGCGGGCAGCCGGAGGUGAAGACGAGGAUGAUCUGGAGGACGAGACCGAGUCGGAGGGCUCUGAUGCGUCAGAUUCGGACGACGAGGAUGAGGAUGAUGACGACAGCGAGUCCCGCGGCAGGGGCUUCGGGCUGAACCGGUUCGGCGUGGCGUUCCAGGACGUGGUCGCCGAGACCAACGCCCGCGUCCGGAUCGACAGCUUCGAGCACUGUGUGGUGGAGGUGAGGAAGGAUGACCUCUCGGGGUUCCUGGAGAGCCUGUCCUCGAAGGCCGUGGUUGGAUAAAAAAAAAGCUGUGGUUCGGCCCGCCUCUGGACCUUUCUCCCUUCCUCUUUUGCUAUUCUCUUGCCAAUAGCUGGGUGAUAAUCGGCAUUCCGGUACCAGGAGCCAGGCGUUGAUGGACCUUUUUUUCAUGCACGAUCAUGUUGCGUUGCGGGUGGAAGGUGGCGGGCGGGUGGCUGUUCUUGCUCUGCCUUGUGCCGAAUGCCAUUUUGGCAGCAUGGGCGGAGGCGGUGGUGGGAAUCAUUGGGUGAGCGGGUGCAUGAUGAGGCAAGAUCACAUGUAUACACACAGAGACA